GCCAUCAACCAAAGUCCACUUGGAGGAGAUAUAAUGGACAUAGCAAUCCAGAAACCCUGGUUCCGUCGGCCUUACUUUCCAGGUUUCUUCCCUUUCCGGAUCUUUGAUCAGCACUUCGGGGAGCAGUGGGACAGUGAAUUUUUCGCACCAUUCUAUGCCAUGUUCUACUAUCGGCCUUAUUUCUGGCGCUAUCCAAACUGGUGGGAUGGUGGCAUGUCCGAGGUUAGAAUGGAUAAGGACCGCUUUAUAAUCAACCUGGAUGUGAAGCACUUCUCUCCUGAAGAGCUGUCAGUCAAGGUCAACGACGAGUAUGUCGAGAUUCAUGGCAAACAUGAGGAGCGACAGGAUGAGCAUGGCUAUGUGGCGAGGGAGUUCUUUAGGAAGUAUAAGGUGCCAUCGGGAGUGGACCCUGGGGCCUUCACCUCCUGUCUGUCUUACGACGGCGUGCUGUGCAUCUCUGCUGCCCGGAACCUGCAGGACAUCCCUGAGCGCAGCAUCCCCAUCACCUGCGAGGAAAAGGCCGCUGCACCAAAGUAACUUGGCCCAUGUGGAAGCUGCACCCCUCCCCUGCCUCCGUGCUCAGACCUCCUCCCAUUGCCCCACAAGAUCCGGCUCUUCUACUGCCUCUGAGAACAUGACUUAUAGAAGCAAACAUAGCCUGUACAUUUUCAAGUACAGCACCUGUGAACUGACCACAGUUUCAGUGUAACAGUCUUUAAAUCUAAAAUAUGGUUGAGCUAGAACUAAACCACAGGUCAUCAGUGAAAAAACGUGCACUUUAGAGCAAUGUAAUGUCUCGCAGCUUUGUAGCCAGCCUUUUAUAUUGAUAGCCUUCAGUCUGAGACUGCUUAUUUAAUCAUGCGGUGGUGGUAAAUGGUUAUGACCAUAGCCCUGAGAACAGGCUGUAGAUGAAAAGAGGAAACCACAGAGCAUUUGAAGAAGCCUAUAAUGAUGCCAUGAUGUUGAUAUUGUGUAGUGAGAGAAAUGUCAUCUUUGGCCAGUUCACUGUCCUAUUUGCUUGUACAAGACAUGUUUGACAUCAUUGUACCACCUCAAUACUGAGUGGUAACUGGGACCCAAUAUAUGUUACACACUGUGAAUUACUAUAUGUGUCAGAAAUGGUGUGGGGAUCUUUGUAUGCAUGUGACAUUGUAUGUCUAUCAGCGAUAAUGUUGGAAGAUGGCAUUCAGACACUUUCUAU